UCCUUCACAAGUAUCAAUUAGUGAUAAAUAUUACAGUCACCAUAAUUGUUUUUGGCCACACACGCCACUACAAAAUACCACGUUUGCUCUUACCUUGUGCCACCAUGUCACUUCACACAACAACCUUUACUUCCUAUCUCCACAACCACAACCACAACACCCCGCGCUCUCGAUUCUCUUCCGGUAGAAAUCAACAAACCACUGAAAUGGGUCUUACCGAUCGCCUCAAGAGAUCGCUGUCUCGCAGGAGCUCGAAUCCGCCAGAGCAGAAGUCUGCUUCAAGCCGCGGCAGCACCUUCCUCUCCCCACAGAGCAACAAUCCAUUCACAUCCGGAUCACCACCUACUCGACGCCCCGAUACUAAUAACACCGCGAGUCUAAGCUCAGCACACGAUCCCCCACCAGCAUACACCGCGGCCCAACCCUCUGCGUCUACGCAGUACCCCGCGGCCCCUAUAGUGACCUCAACAGCCGAUGACGCAUACACAUUCCUUGAGUCUUUCGAUACCAUCUUCGUCAUCGAUGACAGUGGAUCCAUGGCCGGCCGCGGCUGGCGCGAGACGGCAGAAGCCCUCAAGCUCAUCACACCCAUCUGCGCAUCCCACGAUGCCGACGGAAUCGACAUCUACUUUUUGAACCACCCCGACUCCCCGUUCCACAAGAAUGUCACGAGUGCGGGGACAGUCGCGGAGAUCUUCCAGAGCGUGCGACCGAGCGGUGCUACGCCGACCGGUCAGAAGUUGCAUAAGAUUCUCACGCCUUAUCUGAGGAAAUACCAAGAACGUCCCGACUCAACCAAACCCAUCAACGUCAUCGUCAUCACCGAUGGCGUCCCCACCGACGACGUCGAAAGCCCCCUCGUCGCCGUGGCCAAGAAGCUCGAUAAGCUCGAAGCCCCAGCCUGGCAGGUCGGCGUGCAAUUCUUCCAAGUCGGCAACGACAGGGAGGCGCGCGAGCACUUGAAGAAGCUCGACGACGAGAUGAGGGAGAUCUCGGGUGUGUCUGACCUGCGAGAUAUGGUUGAUACUGUUGCAUUCCAGGGCGAUGGCGGUGCGGCGCUUACGCACACCGGUGUGCUCAAGGUGGUGUGUGGCAGUAUCAACCGCAGGUUGGAUAGGAAUUCCAAGGAACUUCAUCGUGGUGGUCUUCGUGGUGAUUAGCCCCAGUUUUUUCUUUUCUGGGGAGAUUGGUGGGGUUGGUGGAUGGCUUGAUUUGCGUGGCCCUCUGAGUUUCGGAUUCAGAAAUAGAGGGCCGGCACAUCCAAAGUUCUCUUCUUGUUCUUCCGCUUCUUGUUAUUCUCUUUUCUCUUUUUUUCUUCACAAGAUUUCACUCCAAGGGUGGGAUAAAUUCCCGCUCUUCCUCUUCCUCUUCUCUUUCUUCUUCUUCAUCAUCCGAUCUAGAUACGGCACUCUUGAGUAUCAGACUGACAACUCAAAGGCCAAGGCAUCCAAAGGUUUCUUCUUCUUUUUUACUUUGUUACAAGAUUUUACUGGGGAUAUCUUUGUAUCCUUCUUACUCCCCCUCCUCUUCUUCUUCUUCUUCAAUUUUUUCAUUGGGAGGCAGACCAUGCGGUCCAUUCUGUUUUUCAUUUUCUGGGCAGAGGACAUUUAUCUCCCCUUGUCCUCUUUUUCCUUAACAUUCUAUAUGCCAUAGGUGUGCAUUUUGAUACCCUGAAUUAUCUUUGUUCGUAGAAAAAACAAAUUGAAUAUAUCAUACGUUAUUUUGAAGAAAUAUAAGAAAGUGGUUAGGAAAUGUUGAACCACUAACUAACCACGUUGGAAAUACAUGUAUACUCGAGAUAUAGUGAAUAAAAAAUCAAAUUAAACAAACAAACAAAAAACGCAACUACAAGUUCUCUCCAUGAACCCUACUAAAAGAAAGAAGAAGAAGAAAAGAAGUCGUUGAAGCAGCAGCUAUCUAAAAACCAAGUCCUUUCGUUCUUCCAGUGUAUUCGAAUCUUCGCCCCCAUUUCAACUCAGUGUUCGUGUUCUCCCGGAUCUAGUACUCACCGUGCAGGGGUUCGUAUUCUGGCCCAGUGAGGACGUUGGUACAUUACUAGGGUCGCUGCUGACUGCAGACACGCU